AUGAGCAAGUCAAUGUGUGGCUGUGGCUGCAGCAUCAUCUCUGCCCUGAUGAAGAGACUGGGCUGCACGGCGUGCUGCUCUGAUCUCCUCUCCUGCAGCCAUACUUCAGAGCAGCUGCAGCGCCUGGCCGCCACCUGCCCGCCUCGUCCAAAGAAUGCCAAGCCCUUCCCCUCCUCAGACAGCCUAGCGAAGGUCCAGGAGGUAGCAAGCUGGCUUUUGGAAAUGAACCAGGAUCUGCUGUCGGGGGGCAGCAGCAGCAGGCGGAGUCGGGGGCCCGGGGGCCCGACGGUGCGAGGUAACGCCUCCUCUACGGCCCGGGCAACCCAGCAGGCGGCAGAGGAGGGCGACGAGGACGAGCACAUCAACCGGGUAGUAGAGGAGGAUGAGCAGCUGCAGCCGAGGCUGGAGGCGUCACAGGUCGAUGGCGAGGGAGAGCGACCAUGGGCACCCGGUGAGUCUGGAGCCAGAAAUGGCCCUCAGGGAGGCGACGCGGACGAGGAAGGCCCACGAAAUGAACUGAACGGGGAAGAAAAAGGAGCCCGGUGGAUGUGGGGGACGGAACAGAGGCGGCUGCGAGGCCAGCCGCCGCACGAAGAGGAGGCGGACGAGGAAGAAGAGGAGGAGAACAACAACAGCAGCAGCCACCCAGAGGAGGAGGAGACCGAGGAAAGGACAGAGGGAGGGGAGGAGCAAGGAAGGGAGGAGGAGGAGAGGGAAGAGGGGGGGGAGGAAGAGGAGGAGGAGGAUGAGGAGAUGGACCAAGAGAGUGAUGAAUUUGAACAUUCAGCAGAGAGUGGGAGGGAGGAAGAAGAGGAGGAGGAAGAAGGGGAGGAAGGGUUGCACUCUCCCUCUCUCAGGAACAAUGUGUCUGCCCCCAAUAAUAAUCAGGACUUGGGAUGUACACACCAAAGCUCUUCCAACAAGAAGAGAAAGAUGCCAAAUGUCGCCUUUGGGAAAGAGAAGAUCGCCCAUGUCCCGCUGGAGAGCCAGGGCUUCCACCUGGCAGACCCCAAGGACGUCGCCACCGAGCCGUUGCCCCCUCAUAAAGUGCUCAAGAUAUUUAGCAUCAACAUCAUUACGCAAGGUUUACCUUUCUGUCGCAGACGGAUGAAGAGAAAGUUGGACCAUGGCCCAGAGGUCCGAUCUUUCUCUUCAGGAAAAAAGCCCUGCAAAGGCCCAGAGUAUUCGAGCCCAACAGGGAUUGUCCCGUGUCCAGCCACACCCACCACAUUUGGCCACAUCAGAACAGCCAAUGGCCAGGGGCAACAGAGGCGACGAAUCACCUCAAUCCAGCCACCCACGGGUCUCCAAGAAUGGCUCCGAACAUUUCAGAGCUGGACUGGCCCAGAGAAGCUGCUGGCGCUGGAUGAGUUGAUUGACAGUUGUGAGCCCACACAAGUCAAGCAUAUGAUGCAGGUGAUAGAGCCUCAGUUUCAGCGAGACUUCAUCUCCCUGCUGCCCAAAGAGCUGGCUUUGUAUGUGCUGUCAUUCCUGGAACCGAAGGACCUCCUCCAAGCCGCACAGACGUGUCGCUACUGGCGCAUCCUGGCAGAGGACAACCUGCUGUGGAGGGAGAAAUGCAAGGAAGAGGGUAUUGAUGAGCCUCUUCUUCUGAAGAAAAGGAAAAUUGUCAAGCCCGGCUUCACCCACAGCCCCUGGAAGAGUGCCUACAUCAGGCAGCACAGAAUUGACACUAACUGGAGGAGAGGGGACCUCAAAUCACCGAAGGUGCUGAAAGGACACGAUGACCAUGUUAUCACAUGCCUCCAGUUCUGUGGAAACCGCAUCGUCAGCGGCUCCGACGACAACACGCUGAAAGUCUGGUCAGCUAUCACAGGAAAGUGUCUGCGGACGUUGGUGGGCCACACAGGGGGCGUGUGGUCCUCCCAGAUGCGAGACAACAUCAUCAUCAGCGGCUCCACCGAUCGCACACUCAAGGUCUGGAAUGCAGAGACGGGAGAAUGUAUCCACACCCUCUAUGGGCAUACCUCAACAGUGCGCUGCAUGCACCUACAUGAGAAAAGGGUGGUCAGCGGCUCUCGUGACGCUACGCUUCGUGUUUGGGACAUUGAGACUGGUCAGUGUUUACACGUCCUCAUGGGCCAUGUGGCGGCGGUGCGCUGCGUGCAGUACGACGGGCGAAGGGUGGUCAGCGGUGCCUACGACUUCAUGGUCAAAGUGUGGGACCCAGAAACGGAGACCUGCCUGCACACACUGCAGGGCCACACCAACAGAGUGUACUCCUUACAGUUCGAUGGGAUCCAUGUGGUGAGCGGUUCUCUGGAUACGUCUAUAAGGGUCUGGGACGUGGAGACGGGCAACUGCAUCCACACGCUAACGGGCCAUCAGUCCCUCACCAGCGGCAUGGAGCUUAAGGACAACAUUCUGGUCUCAGGCAACGCAGAUUCCACUGUCAAGAUCUGGGACAUCAAGACGGGCCAGUGCCUGCAAACACUGCAGGGUCCCCACAAGCACCAGAGUGCUGUGACGUGCCUCCAGUUCAACAAGAACUUUGUCAUCACCAGCUCUGAUGAUGGCACAGUGAAACUGUGGGACCUGAAGACGGGCGAGUUCAUCCGGAACCUGGUGACCCUGGAGAGCGGCGGGAGCGGCGGCGUGGUGUGGCGCAUCCGCGCCUCCAACACCAAGCUGGUGUGCGCAGUGGGCAGCCGCAACGGCACAGAGGAAACCAAGCUGCUGGUGCUGGACUUUGACGUGGACAUGAAGUGAGAGGGAGGACAUGUUUGGGUCGGACGGCGUGAGCGAGAGGAAAGAACAGAGGGGGGGGAAAAAGGGAGAUGAGGUGCCUGGAAAACCAUCGGGCCAACACCCCAAACUCUUGAGGCAAACACAGGAAAUCUGCAGUCACCAUAGUGGAAAAAGCGGGCUUGGCAGUCCUCCGCUACCAUCACCGGUUACUAGCCCCGUCCUACUGGGCAGAUGUCACCGACGGCUGAUCGGUGACUUGUAGGCUCUCCCCCCCCCCCCCCGGCUUUUGACCUUCCUCCCACCUGCGCGAGGUGGACUCGUCGGAGGGUCAGGAUAGAGGCGGGGCUCGGAGGCACAGCCGCGGUGUCCUUUAUUGGCGGGGAAGAGGAGGAAAGAAAACAACGACUGAACUGUCCCGCAGCGGCUCCCCACCUCUACGGGUCAGGGUCAGCUUCGCACAGAGGCCUGGUUUCGCUCAAGCCUGACAAAUUUUGAGAUGUACAGAGAUAUAUUAUUUUUUAAAGGUCCCCCUCCACCUCCCCACAACCCCUCCCAUCAGUGAGCGCCCCCAGACACAAGCAUCACACAAACGGCCAACUCUCAAGUGGAGAACCAUUGACCGUGGGUAAAGAUUGAGGAAGGCGGGUGAUGUUAGAGGUGAAUUUUCACACACAGUUACUCCUAAAGAGCUGCUUGAUGUGUUGGAGAGAAAGGAAGCGUUUGGAGGGUUCAGCCUGUAAUCGGGCUCAUUUCUUUUCACUCCAUUUCCGUUCCAAUUGUUCUCCACUUGGUUUGAUUUCUCCACGGCACCGCACACAAACACAACUGUGAAUUUCAAUACUUUUAUGAUUUAUCAUAUGAAAAGGGUUUUUGUUUGUAUUUUUUUUUUCUCUUUUUUUGCUCAAAUCCCAGUAUUAGAAACCCACCCUGUUUAGAUAUGCUGUCUUUGUCCUGAUGAUUUUAUGAGUUUUUCGUCCUCCCUCCCUGUUUUCUACAUACCUGGGUUUGGGGCUCUGUCUCCACCUGAACGUCAGUGCUGUUUAGAGUUUGUCAGAGUCCAGCUCAGGUGGUUUUCCCUCAGUGCCAGUGCUACAAUGAGAGGAAGGUUCUUUGCUCUAAGCACUGUGGAUUAAUUCCCCCGAGAACUCCUCAUCCCCUUCCCCUCGACCGUUUUUCCCCGAGUGGCCAAACUGUUUUCAUGCUGCUAGAUGAAUGGAAAAAAAAAGAGACAUGGAACUUAUAUUUGCUGUGACGUUUUAGUCCCAGGCGAAAUUCCAAAUUGAACUCUGUAUGUUUGGACUUAAAGUAACUCAAAAAUGACAAGAUAACAUCCUACUUUUUUUUUUCUCUUCUUUUUAUCAUUUUGUUUAUUUUUGCCACUGAAACUUGAGCCAAACGUGCCUCUACGAGGCUGAGAGGCGGAAGCGUGUCUGACGGAUACUGAUGGGAGCGCCUGCAGAGAGGAAAUGAGGGGAUGUACACUGUUGGCGUGCCUGUGUGUGAGUGCAUGAGUGCGUGUGUUGUUAGCGUGUUAAUGGGCACCUCGUAAACACAUUCCUUGGGACAAAGCUUUUUCAGCCUGGUCUUUUGGGAAAUGUACAAACGCUGUGUGGACUGGAAAAAAAAGGAAAAAAAAAAUCAAACUAGCAGAUGUAUCGAUUUUAACACGUGAAUGAAAGAACUGUCCGUAUUUGUGUGUGAUUGUUGUUCCAUUCUAAGAUGUCUAAAGCAACAGAGGAGAACUUCAUCAACUGACAGGUGGAGCUGCCCAGGCCAGAGUGGUAGUGUUACACGUUCUGCAGUCCGAACCACCGCCGGUGGGGAAAAAAACAAUACACAAAGGCAACAAACGUGAACAGAAACAUUGUAGCCAAACAGAAGUCGUCUCAAUCUCCAAGAGUCACAACUCAAGCUGAACUGUGAAAGUGGUAUAACACUGUAUAUUAAAAAAGAAAAAAAAAGAAAACAAUCUCACUCUAUCUCCUCUUGUUGUUUUCUUCGUCUGUUUUAAUUUAUGGUCUGGUUUGAGAAAUCAGAUUUGUUGCAGGUGUUUUAUUUUGUUCAGUUCAUGUAAACUGCCUGGCAAAAAAGAAAACAGACAAAAAAACCUGAAAGGGAUUGUGUAUUUGUUUGAUUCACUUAGAAUUUUAUUUUCUUAUAACUUAAGUGCAAUAAAAUGUGGGUUUUUCUUUUUUCAUUUCAAGCAUAUCAAGUUGUCUCUUUUUGUUACCGCUGUGAAGGCAUCUUAUAUGUUCAAUAAAGCAAAUUAUUUGGUUUGAUACAUUUACACGGGAAUAAUUGUAGAGUGUCAGUCAAAGCAUCAAAGCUGUAAGCUUUAUAACAGCAGUUAUUUCAA